AUGCAGAGUCGAGCAGGCCUUCGGUCUGAGGCACCUGAUAAAUUCUUCCUUUUGACCUACUGGAUUUUCGCUGUACUGACAUCUCAAGUUACAUUAUGGACCGACAAGCUAGAAAGUGCUUGUGAGAAUGUGAUUCCCACCAGGUCCAUACCUAUGCGAACUCCUGUCCACCAUAGCAGCCGACCACUGUCCGCUCCUGAAUAUAUUGAUGCAAAAGAGCGGCUUUCGAGGAAACCGUUGACAGCGCACCACAGUGAGCUGGACCCAGCACUGCCAGUGCUCCGCGCAAAGUCACGGCUUACACGCCAUUUCUGGCCGUCAAUUCAACCCAUGCAACAUGUCCUGAAAUUCUGCAAACCAGGACCGCGGGCCAACAGCAGGACACAAGCGCCAGACGUCGUUGUCCACGAUGCGGAGCAGCCCAUCGCCGACUGCGACAAUUCUUGUGGCGAGUAA